AUGGAUACUGGAUUAGAGGACCUCGAGCUGAGAGAGUCACAGAGGGAAUAUCUGGACUUUCUGGAUGAUGAUCAAGACCAGGGCAUUUACCAUGAAAAGGUCAGGAGUAUGGUGUCUGAUGGACAGUGUCGUCUCGUUGUCAACAUUAAUGAUCUAAGAAGAAAAAGUGAAAAAAGAGCUAAAGAAUUGCUGAAGAAUGCUUUCGCUGAGUUGGUGGCGUUUCAGAAAGCCCUGAAGGAUCUCGUGGCUUCAAUAGACGCCACUUACGCUAAGCAGUUUGAAGAGUUUCAUGUUGGUUUUGAGGGCAGUUUUGGGAACAAACACGUGUCUCCUCGUACUCUGAGUGCUCGUUUUCUGGGAAACCUUGUGUGUGUGGAAGGCAUUGUGACCAAGUGUUCUUUGGUGAGGCCUAAGAUUAUGCGUAGUGUCCAUUAUUGUCCAGCUACCAAGAAAACUCUGGAACGAAAAUAUACGGAUCUGACCUCAUUGGACGCCUUUCCUUCUAGUGCCAUCUAUCCAACCAAAGAUGAAGAAAACAAUCCUCUGGAGACAGAGUUUGGUCUUUGCUGCUAUAAAGACCACCAGACUCUGACCAUCCAGGAGAUGCCAGAGAAAGCCCCUGCUGGACAACUGCCACGCUCUGUCGACAUCAUCGCCAACGAUGACCUCGUGGAUCGGGUCAAGCCAGGUGACCGCGUGCAGAUCGUAGGUGUUUACCGCUGCCUGCCCGCAAAACAGGGAGGCUUCACCUCAGGGACCUUCAGAACAAUCUUAUUGGCUAACAAUGUGAAGCUUAUGAGUAAGGAGAUCGUACCCACCUUCUCUGGUGAUGACGUCGCCAAGAUCAAGAAGUUUUGUAAAGCUCAUUCUAAAGAUGUAUUCGAGCAGUUGAGUCGGUCUUUGGCCCCCAGCAUUCAUGGCCAUGAGUACAUAAAGAAGGCCAUUCUGUGUCUGCUGCUGGGAGGCAAUGAGACUAACCUGGAGAAUGGAACACGCAUCAGAGGAGACAUCAACAUUCUGCUCAUAGGUGAUCCUUCAGUAGCAAAGUCUCAGUUGCUGCGGUAUGUUUUGUUCACGGCACCAAGAGCAAUUCCCACCACUGGACGAGGCUCAUCUGGGGUGGGUUUGACAGCGGCGGUCACGACUGAUCAGGAGACGGGUGAGCGCCGUCUGGAGGCAGGAGCAAUGGUGCUUGCUGACAGAGGUGUGGUUUGCAUUGAUGAGUUUGAUAAGAUGUCAGACAUGGACCGAACCGCCAUCCAUGAGGUGAUGGAGCAGGGCAGGGUCACCAUUUCCAAAGCUGGGAUUCAGGCAAGGCUGAACGCUCGCUGCAGUGUGUUAGCUGCUGCAAAUCCAGUGUACGGAAGGUAUGACCAGUAUAAGACCCCCAUGGAGAACAUCGGGCUCCAGGAUUCCUUGCUUUCCAGAUUUGAUUUGCUCUUCAUAGUUCUGGAUCAGAUGGAUCCUGACAGUGAUAAGGAGAUCUCGGAGCAUGUUUUGCGUAUGCAUCGCUACAGAGCACCGGGAGAAGCAGAGGGAACAGCAAUGCCGCUGGGAAGUACAGUGGACGUGUUCGCCACAGAAGACCCAAACAUAACAGAAGCAUCUGAGCAGGAGUUGCAGAUCUAUGAGAAAAAAGAUAAUGUCCUGCAUGGCCACAGGAAGAAAAGGUAUGCAUCUCUUCAUCUACAUUAUGAAUCUUCUUUGUUUGCUUAAAAAUGUUGUGUAACAGGAGUACGUUUCUAUGAAAAUCCUUUGAAAAGGGAGAAGAUUGUUACAAUGGAGUUCAUCAGGAAGUACAUCCACGUGGCAAAGCUGGUGAAGCCAGUGUUGACUCAGGAGGCAUCAGACUAUAUAGCAGAGGAAUAUUCUAGACUCCGGAGUCACGACCAAGUCAACAGUGACUCCGCAAGGACGAUGCCUGUGACCGCUCGAGCUCUAGAAACCAUGAUUCGAUUGUCUACAGCCCAUGCCAAAGCCCGCAUGAGUAAAACCAUUGACCUGGGAGAUGCAGAAGCUGCACUUGAACUCAUGCAGUUUGCGUAUUUCAAAAAGAUUCUGGAAAAGGUCAAAAAGAGGAAGGUACCAGAGGACUCUGAGAUCGACGUCUCUCAGAGCCAAGAGACUGAUAGUCAGAGGAGCCUCAGGAAGCGCUCUCGCAUCUCCAAAGAUGGCGAUGAUGUAGAAAUGACCCAAGACGGAGAGGAAGAGGAUCCUUAUGAUUUCACUGAAGAUGAAAAUACUCAGCCGAGUCAGAAGAGCAGGCCGGCGUCUCCGAGGAAGAAAACAGACAUCAGUCAGGACAGAUUGAAGAUCUUCAAGACAGCUCUACUGAAUGCCUUUAAGGUGACCUACUCUCAAUCUGUGGCAGUUCCUGAUCUCCUGACUCACAUUAACAAAGGCCAGGAUGAGGAGUUUCACCAGAACGAGAUUAACCUACUGCUGGAGCGCAUGCAGGAUGACAACCAGGUCAUGGUCUCAGAGGAUGUGGUGUUUCUCAUCUGAAUGGGGCAAAUGCAUUGUUUGCAAGUUCAGAAAUUUAGAUCACAAUUUAUAACAUCCCAGCACUCUCUUACAAAUGAUGGAAAAAAAAAAAAUCACUAAUAAACA